CUCUUUAGCUCACUGGCUCGCUGCCGGCCCAGUCGCGCGCUCUUCCUCCUCUGCCCUGCUCUGCCCUACAUAUAACGCAGCCGAUCCAGCCAACAGAUCUCAAGUCCACAAUUCACUCACCUGCAACCUACCCAAGCACAGAGAGAUCGAAGAGAAGAAGCAAGCGACAGCAGCACCCAUGGCCAGGAUCUCCUUCCUCCUCCUGGCGCUCCUCCUCCUCGCCGUCGCCUUCCCUGCGGAGGUGAUGGGAGGAGGAGGAGGACGCGGCGGCGGCGGCAACCUCAAGCCAUGGCAGUGCUCCUCCAAGUGCUCGUCGAGGUGCUCGGGGACGCAGUACAAGAAGGCGUGCCUCACCUACUGCAACAAGUGCUGCGCGGUGUGCCUCUGCGUGCCGCCGGGACUCUACGGCAACAAGGCCGCCUGCCCCUGCUACAACAACUGGAAGACCAAGGAGGGAGGACCCAAGUGCCCCUAGCUACAUUGUUUUCCCUGGCUAGCUGGGUAGGAUCGAGCCUGUGCUCGACGCAUCACCACUAAGCUACUCUCUGUCAUUCUGCUCCUGGGUUCGAUUCCAUGUUUGUUGGCUAGAUCUGGGUAUGCUAAUUAAGCUGCGUGCGUGUUUCGGCGUAUACGGUGAUUCAGAAUUUGCACUUGAAAUUCGUUUGAGAUUCA